GAGCUGCUGCGUGACUCUCACUACUGUGGAAGCCAAUACUCCGAGCCUGAGAGAGACUAGUUCGAGCCACUCCCAACAAAAACGGCAAACUCUGGAGCGAGACGUGUAGUAAUCAAUACAAGUUCUGCUGUCUGAGCCAGAUUAAUUUUCUUCUGUGAUCCAAGGAAGUAAAAACCUGCAAGGCAUAAUAUUAGUUCUACAAAAAGGCAUCCUGCUCGUGGAAUCCCACAGAUGCAAUGUGAUAAUUCUUUCUAACAGGAAUCUCAUGAGUGUCGAAAGCAAAGAGAGUGGAAAGAUGUCAGCCAAGGCCCCGAUAUACCUAAAGAGAAGUACCCGUAAAGGAAAGCUGAGAGACAUCCUGUCACCUGACAUGAUUAGCCCACCCCUUGGAGAUUUCCGGCACACUAUUCACAUCGGCAGUGGGGAAGGGGAUAUGUUUGGAGACAUUUCCUUCUUACAGGGAAAAUAUCAUCUUCUCCCUCAGUCAAUGCCUGGUUCCUCAUCUACGUCUCCUGACGGAACACCACCCACCUCCCAACCGGAUCUUCUUAAUCCACCACCCUGCCACCCGGAUCUUCUCUCACCUCUGCUGAAGAAUGCUAUUUCCCUACCUGCUAUUGGGGGACCACAGGCUCUGUCCCUUCCACAGUCUCCACCACCCAAACCCCCACGACUUCACCUGGAUGACAAAACCAAGGGUUCAUUGAGUGAAGUAGAAGGGGAUUACCCAAUAGGCGUAUCUGUGAAUAAUCGUUUCACUGCAGAAGAGAGGGAAGAACAAAUUCUUGCCCAUGCUGGAUCUAUUUUGUCUCUUCAUGUUGAUCUAGGACCAUCCAUAAUGGAUGAUGUCUUACAGAUUAUGGACAAGAGCUAAAGGGGUGCACUGGUGCAGAGUCAGACUUAUGGGUGUUGAACAAUGGGGCUUAAUUUUUUUUUUAUACUGGGAAAUAUUUUAAACACUACGUAAUUUUAAGACUGGGAUGAUGAGCAGCGUGAUGUGCUUUAUUUUACUGCUCUGUUUUACUUUUAUUUAGCAGUUUAUCAAUUUAGCACAUUGCUUUAUACAAUGCUCAGUUUGUAUAAUAUGUAUUAAGCAAGUGGAUUCAUCAUGCUGAAGUGCAAUGGCGCUGGCUAUGCUUACACUCCAUGGGACACUUUUUAAUUUACAGUGGCCACAGCAUGAUUAACAUAUAACUUCAUUCUUCAUGGGACACUGAAGCAACGACCCCCUUUCUGAAUUGCAAAAAUGCAUGACCUAAUUUUCUAGAUUACACCCGUCGCCUUAUUGACACAUUGAACUGAAUGUAAUGUUUAUUUUUAACCAAAAUAUGUUAAUCUUGCCAAAUACAGAAAGAGGACUUUAA